UCCCUCUUUUAUUUGAAGUUUUUGACAUAAAAAAUCCUGAAAGAGAAAUUAAAUCUCUCUCUAGUGGCCAUCCUUCAGACUUUAACAUAAAAAAUCCUCAGGGAGAGAUUAAAUCUCUGUAAUCGCCAUCCUUCAAAGCAUCAAAGGGCUGUUCUCUCUCAUCCCCAACCUCUUGAAAACCAUCCUGUUGGAUCCAAUCUUUGAUAUCCCCUCUUCAUCUUCUCUCUCAUCAUGGGAAACGCUCUCAGAUUUCUGUGUGGGAAUUGUUGCAAACCCGAAGAAGAGCCCGAGCCCCCCCACUCAGGUCUUCAUGCUCUUGCCCGUGAUAUCUCCCACUUUGAUGCCACAACCCAGGUCCCUGAAGGAUUAAGUCAGCACGUUGUCUCCUCGAAGAAGGCACAAGCUAACUGGUAUAGAAAACUAUCAGAAGCAUGGAAGGAAUCCAGAUCACCACCCAAUACACCUGGUGAUGCGUCACAAUUUGUUGUUUCGACAUUGAAGAGACAUCAGAAAGCAGACGUAGAGGGUCUUUUAGCAUUCUAUGGCCUACCCGUUCCCUCCUCAAUAGCCCAAGUUCAACCCACAAAACCCACAGCACCCCCAAGAGAAGUGAAGUUUGAGUUACAAACACUACCAGUCGACGCCAAAUGUGUAGCUGAUGGGGACACGAUCACCAUUUACGUCGACACGGAGGGGUCAUCCCAAGUCCCUAAAGCCAUUCACACAGCUGUGAACCAAAGGCAUGCAGCCCGUGCUAAGAGAAACUACGUGGAAGCCGAUGCCGUACAAAAGCAAAUAGUCGAUGCCGGAUAUAGAGUGUUUGGUGGUCCACAUGAUGAGGAAAUACUUGCAAAGAAGUAUCGAAUUCGACUCUGCGGAAUUGAUGCACCAGAGAGUGCCAUGCCAUAUGGGAAGGAGGCGAAGGAAGAGUUGACCAAGUUGGUGCAAGGGAAAAGCUUGAGAGUGAUCGUCUACGACGAAGAUCGAUAUGGUCGAUCGGUCGGAGAUCUGUACUGCAAUGGAAUUUUUGUCCAAGAGCACAUGUUGAAGAAAGGGCUCGCAUGGCACUAUAAAGCAUAUGACAAGCGCAACGAGCUUGCUUCAUGGGAAAGCGAGGCUCGAGCUGCUCGCAGGGGAUUAUGGGCAUCAUCAAACCCUGAGAAACCAUGGGAUUGGAGAAAAGACAGGCGCAAUGAAGCAUGAUUCAUUAAAAUAAACAUUCUCACAGCUAUCAAGCUCACGUUAAAAAAUUGUAAUCCAAUCUAACCUUCCUGUAUUAUAAAACCAAAAUCAAUGGAAUGGCAAACCAAAUAAGUUCUCUCU